UAUUUUGAGCAGAAAAUUUCCUGCUGUGCCCUACCUCAGUUAAAUCUCAUCAUCUUCAGUUAAGCUGCACCAGAAUCUCUAUAACAAACCUAUUAAACCUUAGGUGCUACCUAAAGUUAAUUUUUCGUGUUUAAAAAUACCACCUGUUUUUAGCCUGAGAGUGCUAUGGAGGCUCCAUUGGCACUUGAUAUUGUGGUGGAGGACCACAGCAGCCAGAAUACAAUACCUAGACAUUCUUCGCCGGCCUUAGCCUUGUUAACCCAACCGGAAGAGGAUACACCAGCACCGUCGCCGUCUCUACCUCUACAUUUACCAUCAGCACCGUCGCCCUCGCUACCUCCACAAGCACCACCACCACCACCAUCACUUCCACGCACUUCUCCAGUGCAAAAUAGUCGACGUCAGGCUUCAGGCUCUCCACGCUCACCUUCGACAACUCCGCGUCGGGCAUUAUUAAGAGCACGAAGAAAUAGAUCCUUAACUCCAUUUGAACAUGCUGCAGAUUUAUUUGCAAGAAUUGAGGAAAAGCGCCUCGAGCAUGAAGAGGCACGUGCCAAGCGCCUUCAUGAAAGAGAGAUGGAGAGGCUACGAGUGGAAGCUGAGAGGAUUGAGGUCACAAGAGCUCAGAACAAUUUAUUAAAUCAAUUGAGCCUACUUGGUCAACAGCUCAUUGAUGUAAUAACGCAGCAGCGACCAAGUAGUUCUUAGUUUAUAAGUUAUUAUGUUGUUGUUGUUGUAUGUAUGUAUGUUUGUUUUUGUAUGUUUUUAUAAUAUAAUAUUUUAAAUGCUA